AUGGCGCGUUCCGUUUGCGAAGCCGUGUCUUCAGGCUCAGUCGCACACCCAAUGCGCGUCGUGGAGAAUACAGCAGAAACAACUGCGACGACUGCGAGAGAUGGCAGAGGGCAGACAAGGCGGAGGACCUCUCUUGGUAUGCCCUUGGCUGUCGUAAUCGCUGCACGCCAGAUAUCGGCGAAUCGCGCGCCACCUGAAGCCGCCGCAGAUGCCCUUUUGCCAGUACAAGGCGCAACAACGACGGAUAACGACGAUGCUGUCUGGCAGAGAACCGACACGCAGGACCACUAG